AUGUAUGAGGAUAAACUCACAGAUAUGAACACUUGCAUGCACAUAAGAUUACGAAAGGGGAUCUCGAAAAGGAAACUCGUUUUUUGGCAAUGCUACAACGAUUCAGAAAAUGAGGGACAACGCUCAUUUUUCACAUCUGCAGGAGUAAAAAUGGUCCAAUACAAGCUCAUCUACUUCGACGGACGUGGUCGAGCGGAAUGCGCCCGACAGAUAUUCGCCCUUGCCGGCCACCAAUACGAUGAUGUCCGUCUCACACCUGAAAAAUUCGCGGAGAUCAAGCCUAAGCUACCAUUUGGGCAAGUGCCCGUGCUGGAGGUGGAUGGCAAACAGCUCGCGCAGUCGUUCGCAAUCGCUCGUUUCCUUGCAAGACAAUGGGGUCUCUCGGGCUCAAAUGCAUUCGAUGAAGCUGUUGUGGACUCUUUGGCCGACCAGUAUGCGGAUUACUGUGUGGAAGUUAAGCCGUACGUCUACACUUUGCUUGGAUUUAUGAACGCUGGCGAUCUCGAACAACUCAAAAAGGAUGUGAUGAUGCCUGGACGUGAUAAAUUUCUUCGUUUCAUCACUAAAUUCCUUAAGAAGAGUAAAUCUGGAUUUCUUGUUGGCGAGAAAGUCACUUGGGUGGAUUUGUUGAUUUCGGAGCACGUAGCCGACAUGAGCAGCAGAAUGCCAGAGUAUCUUGAUGGCUUUCCUGAGGUGAAGGCCCACAUGGUACAAGUCCGUGCGCUUCCAAAGCUCAAGGAGUGGAUUGAAACUCGACCGAAGACAGCUUUCUGA